AUGUUGAAAGUCGUCUCAAUUGUGUUGGCUACUAUUGCUGUGGUAGUGUUAGGAAGACCUUCUGGAGAACAGAUAACUGAGUCUGAAUUCACGAAUUUCGUAUUCACUGUGGAAAAAUUGGAUCAAAUUCUAAAGGCCUAUGCUGCUUAUAAACAAUUUAUGCCAUCAUAUGUGUGGGAUCCAAUCGAGAAUAUCACCGACGAGCAGAAGACACAAGCUGUACAAAUGGUCAACGACUACCAUGCUGGAAAAUAUGAACCAAAGAACUACGACGAUAUGAUUGCAGUGUUAAAGAAAAGUUACCCAGCAUUGGCUGGACCAUACGAAACUAUGUACGGAAAGUACAAGGAACAAGUUGCCAAACUAGGACCGAAGGGACAGGAAUACUGUAACAAUCUCGAAGCCCAGAUGUACUCUGAUGCCUCUCCAGACCGCGUUGUUUGGGCUUGCCACAUUUUCAACAACGCCAAAAAAGCAGUUAGCGACGCUAAAGCCCUUUUGUUGGAUGGUUCGGAAGAGCAAAAGAUUGAAGAAGCAUUCCCAGAAGCCGUUACAUUCCUCAACAGCAAAGAAUUCGAAGCCUACUCGAUUGUUGUCAACAACUUGAAGACGUUGGAUUGCGAGAAGGAUCGCGAACAAGUGUUCAACACAAUCAAGCUUUUUGAUAAACAUAAUGUUCUCACCAAUUGA